UGUGACGGUACAGACCUGACAGCCAAAGUCCAGGACCUGAAGCUGCAGUGUCUGCUCUUCCUCAACAUCCCGCGGUACUGUGCCGGCACCGUGCCGUGGGGUCACCCCGGUGAACAUCAGGACUUUGAGCCGCAGCGUCAUGACGACGGCUGCAUCGAGGUCAUCGGAUUCACCCUGACGUCUCUGGCCACGCUGCAGGUGGGCGGUCACGGCGAGCGGCUCCAUCAGUGUAAAGAAGUGACGCUCACCACUUAUAAGUCCAUCCCCAUGCAGGUGGACGGGGAGCCCUGCAAACUGGCCCCGUCCAUCAUCCACAUCAACCUGAGGAACCAGGCCAACAUGGUGCAGAAGGCCAAGAGGAGGAUCUCCAUGCCCCACCUCAACGAGUAAACACACACCUGUCUCACACACUCUGCAACACACACCUGCAGAUCCUCCACUGUGGUACAAGUACCACUACCACACUGUCAGAAUACUCCACUACCAGUAAAAGUCCUUCAUUCAAGCCGGACUGUAAUGUGCCGUUUUAACUCCUUUAUA